AUGAGAUGCGCUCCCCGGACAACGCGCAAUUUUUUUUCUCUUUUCAUGAGGACCUACGUCGUGGCAGGUCUCUGCAGCACGUCUGUUUUUGCCAAGAAGGAAUUUUUGAGUUUUUCAAUGGCUAUUGUCUCCUUUUUGAGAAGAACACUUCAUUUUUUGAGAUUUUAUUAACUCGUAACAAGUUCCCAAAAACGGAAUUUUGUGGCAAUGACGAGAGAAAAUGAAUUUUUCACUGAGGUUCUUCCUAUUUCGCUUCUCAUUAUCCACUUUUCCGCGCAUAAAUGGGCUUUUUGGGAUUUCCAAGGCAAAUGACGGGGUAAAGGCGACGAAUGAUCGGAAAACUUUCGCAACUCUGCCACUCAUUAGAAUAUUUUCCAAGGGAGGAGAUCUAACUUUGGAUUAUUUUCGGAACAAUUGGCUGAGCUUUUCUUUUAUACUAGAUAGUUUAAAUGAAAAGUUUCAAACUGUUAUUACCAGUUUUCAGAAAAAAAUACUUUCAAAAUUUAACUUUCAGAAAAAAUCUGAAGCAUUCGUUUUCAAAAAAAAAAAAUGGAAAAGUUCUUUCGAGUCCACAUUUUAAGAUUCCAAAAGCAUUUUGGAAAGUUUUUUAGAAAAAUGAAUAAAUGAGUAGAAUAAAACAAGAAUCUAUCAAAUUAUUCCCUUUUCAUUGUGAUUCCCUUGAAAAUCUUUCAAAAAAAGCUGUCCCGAAUCGAAUUGCUAUUCCGAUUGUAUCUUCUCAGUACCCGUUGAAAGAGCGACUCACUUCCUUGUUUGACGUGACUUUCAUUCUUGAUAUCUUAUCCUUGACCAUCUUUUUUAUUCUUUUUGCAGCAUUACUACGGAAUGUUUAUAUAAAAGCACAAAUACUAAUUUCUCACAGUUCUUUUAUAUAUGUACUCUCUUCGGGUUGCUCUUGAGAUGACUUCUGAAAAAUGGGUUGGAUCCUACACAUGCUUUGAUUUCAUUACUUUUUGAUUUAUCUUUCUGAUGUCUUAUUUUUUGGUGUGAUUCAUCAGAAUAGUACUUUUCUUCUAAUCACAUCCCUCGUCUUUUUUUUUGACUUGGAAGCAUUCGCUUAUUGAAUAUUGCAGUGGGUCCCAAGCGCAACAAAAUGCAGUCGACGAUUUUCGCGAUCUUUUGCAUGGUUCUCCUGGCCGUAGUUUCAGCACAACAGGUUGGAUUUUAUAGGAUUCAAACAUGAAAGAACUGGGAAAAAUUAAAUCUCAGAAUCGGCAUUGAAAAAAAAAAGUUUUGUUUUUCGAGCCGUUCUGUUUUUCGCCAAUUAUGUUUGAUUCAAUAGCUUCGGCAAUCAAAAAUAAAUGAAAUUGAUGUAAAAUACUAUAUUCUCGGUGGUUCGACGUUCAGUAUAACUAAUUUUACAGCCCGAGGAAGACGAAUUGUCGGCUGAAAAGCGCAUGAGGUCGUUCGCCUUCGCCAAAAGGUCACCGUACAGGUAAUCCGGAGAAAAAAGAAUUUUCAGCAUACUUCUUGGAGUUCUGAGCUGUCUGCAUUUGUGAGAAAGAACACUUUUUCUGAAUUUCUGAUCAUCCUUAAGUGAAACAUCGGAGCUUCGAAACGAUUUUUCUCGUGAAAUAUUCAAAAUUCUCGAGAAAUAAACUCAUCGACAUCAGAUACGUUCUUCGCAACACCCCAUCCUCUCCUCAACCUUUCCCAUAGCAUUUCGCACCAAAAAUUUACGAAAGUCGGAACUCUUGAAUUUUUCAGAAGUUUCGCGUUCGCAAAAAGAAGUACCGAUGAAGCUGACGAAGAAGUCGACAAAAGGGCCAGAUUCGCGUUCGCCAAGCGGUUUGUCUUAGAAAUUGCUGAGAAAAAAGCAUGACCGCAUUUGGAAUUGGAAUAUUGGGCUUUAGGUCAAAUUCGUUAAACGCUAUUUAAUGGCGCCACUUUGAAGGUUUUUAUGUACUUUUUUGGGCUUCAAAAAAGAGAGGAAAGAGAAUUUAGCAGCACAGAGCAUGAGAGAGAGGGAGAGACUGGAUGACCCUUAUUUUCAAACUGGAGUAAAAAAGAACAAAAAUGGCGGCAAAGUAUCUUCCUGAUUGCUGCUUGAAAUAAAGCCAUAAAAAAUGGAUUAUUUUUUCAAGAUCGCCGUACAGAAGCUUCGCGUUCGCCAAACGAGCUUCGCCGUAUGGAUUCGCGUUCGCCAAACGCCUUUCUUCAUUCGCGUAA